GUACCCUACCCUACCUACAUGUACCUACCGGUAGAAGUCAGGUACAGCCUUAUAGGUACAGACAGGUACUGUACCUCCUACGAGUACCUCCUACCUCCUCGUGGGACCUCCAGUCCUGACUCGUGAGUUCAAAGCUCCCGAUGUCCCCGCGACUCCCCGCGACCGGCCGACGUUCGUGCGAAAGGAAACCUCACAUGGAGUGGGUGGGGGUGGGGGCUGGGCUGCCCUGUGGCUUGACCUUACCUAAGGUAGAUGUGGUAGCUCGUCGGGGAUGUCUUGGCACCCGCCGGCACGGUCGAAAGGAUGCGACACACCACUUCCGACACGAGAGCGCCAUGAUUGAAUCAACGAUGCUUGGACUGUUAGAGCCGGAGCGCCCCCAGAGUGGGUCUCCACCACGACUCUUAUACUACUACUUAUCACUCCUACUCCUACGACAGCGAAAGGUACAUGUAUCCUCAUUGCUGCCUGUCGCUACUACCUGUACCUACUACCAGUUACACUGUCUCGUCAAGACUGGUUGUGUUCUGCCAGCUAUCGCAUCCUCUCUGCACCUGCACCUGCAUCUGCUUCCGUCCUUGACCUAGCCAACCUACUUCAUUCUCUUCUCCUCGACCAGUAAAAGGCCAUGGUGCCGCCGCCGCCAGAACCUCGAGACCUUCUGCCUCCACUUCUCGCAUGUCUUCCAACAACAUUCGUCUCCUCGCAACCUCCCCCCGCACUGUUACCACUGCUCGCGCCUAUUCUCCGCCAACGAGUGAAUUUCCUGUCCGGGAAUACCACUGAUGGCUGGUUGCCGUUGCUGUCAUGGAACACGAGCUUGGGCGCGAAACUGCUCAAAACGGUGGAGCGGAUGAAUCUCGAACCACACCCCGUAUCAGGAGAACUAGAGCUGGAAGAUGUCAGGCCUGCCAGGUACAGGUCCCUGGAUCGAGAGACGUUGCAAGCUCGGCUGGAGGUGGACCAAUUUGACCUGCUGCCCAUCUACGUGUGGUGUGAGAACGACGAGCACGGCUUGUCUGGGCCAGGAUGGAGACUCGCAGAACUACGGACGCUUGACGAUUCCGAAGACGGUUCACAAUGGCUCGAAUCUGCGGCCGAGGCUGGCGAAGUGGCUGCAAAUGGCCAUGUGCUACCAACGCAUCCCGACGGCCGCACUGAGACUUUGGCCAGACAAAUUGGGGACGAUUCGAACGAUGACUACUGGGCAGCAUAUGAUAGGAGUCCUGGGCAAACGCCUGCGCGGACGCCGGCAAAAUGCUCUCCAGCUCCGUUCGCAGCCAAUGUCGCAGGAGGGUUCUCAAACCGAGAAGAGGAGGAUUACUACGCGCGAUAUGGCGAGGAGGUGCAACCAGCAAUGGACUCACACGACCCGGAUGAAGAGUAUGGCGAAGCAGCGGGGAGUACAUUGAAUGGCGAUGCGCUGGCUGCCAUUCACGCACCUGAUCGCACCGACUCUGCCGAUUAUUAUGCCUCCCUUCAACCACAUGCGGAUUGGAAAGCCAAUAAUGAGCAGCAUGACUCUGCCGUCGCCACCGCGAACAAGCAAAGUCCUCACCAGAGCCACAAUUCCCUUUCUAUGCCUCGACCGAUGUCGCCAACUUCAUCGAAUUCCAGCGUGGAUCGAUUGGAAGACAAGGCUGCAGAGAUGGAAUUGAGCUACGACCAAGCACAACUUGCGAUCAAGCAGCAUAUAAGUACGGAUAUGAAGAGUCUAUUUCGACUGGCAAAGGCGUCUGGAAUGCAGCGCACAGAAUUCGAGCGGAUAGUUAGAAGGGAGCUAGACGUGCUUAGCAUGCUUGAUUCCGAUGAGUGAGGCACGCGAUCUUUGCGUACCUUCGCCCACAUGAUUGAACGAUGGACAGAAAGUUGACGGCAUGUUUAGCGAAUACAUUAUACUCACAGGGAAGAGAUUGGGCAGGGCAGCAAAUACCUCUGUAGGACGUAUCGCGCCACCUCUUGUAGUCCCUGCAACGUUUGUUAGAUAAGGAAGGCUUGAGCAGGCGUCGGCAGUUAUUAC